GUUUUUAUAUUUGUCUAUAUUUAAUACUGCAUGCAUAUGUCCAAAUAUUGAAUAUGACAUGAUGAAAAAAUUACUAGGGAUAUAAAAAGGACCUUAGUCUUGUGGCUUUUUUGUUUUUAUUUGUUUCCUUACAUAUAGAAAAAUAAUAAUUGAAACUAAUCAAAAAAUAUUACUAGUAGGUGCAAAAGUGUUCGGUUUGAAAAUGAACGAAAUGUGAUGGUGUAGGAUUUUCAUCAUUACAGAGACUGUGUGAACAGGCGUUUUCAGCCGGUUGAAAUUAGCUUCGGUUUCUCGGUUUCCAGCUAUAUGUUCAGUUUUGUGAUAUGCGUCCGUUAGUUACAAUGGGAAUCUCAUGGGCCACACUAACCAGCGUCCAAACUCCAAAUCAUUGAGCCCAACAGCAGCCUCUGCCACGUGAAAAAUGUUGGACCAAAAUACCCUCUUGGGUCGACGGCCCAUGGGCCUAAAACCUAAUGCACUAUUCCCGGUAAGGACGGUCCCACAUGUCAGUGCCCGAGGAGGCAAGUGGGACCCAGCUCCACUCUCCUCCCCUCCCCUUCCCAACACUGUGGCACACCGCACAUGACUCGCCGAUGGCGGCGACUCCGACGGCUGCGCUAGCGCCGGUGACGAGCGGCGUAACUCUACGUAGGGGCCGCGCGUGUCUCCACUCCUCCACCUUUUCGCUCCCAGAUCCCAGCCCUUGCCGCCGUGCAGUCUAGUUGGCGGCUAUGCCCUUCCGGCCUCCCGUGCUUCGCUGUCCUACGACCCCUGUACCGUGUGCCCGCGCAGCUCGCCGAAGGGUCCAACCCACGGCGUCGAAGCCGAAUGGUAUUAGCUGAGGUCCCAGCAAGCUCUUAGCCCUGUCGUCUUCUCACUGCAUCCGAGAUAGGUUAUUGACAUUGGUCAGAUUGGUUGCUAUCGUCCUAUUUUUCAUAUGGCGUAUCAGGCACCCGUACGCCGAUGGCAUGUUUUUCUGGUGGAUAUCUGUGAUUGGAGAUUUUUGGUUUGGUGUUAGUUGGCUGCUAAACCAAGUGGCAAAGCUGAAACCGAUCAGGCGUGUUCCCGAUCUUAACCUCUUACAACAACAGUUUGAUCUUCCUGAUGGAAACUCCAACCUCCCUGGCCUUGAUGUAUUCAUCAACACCGUCGAUCCCAUAAAUGAGCCUAUGAUAUACACUAUGAACGCCAUUUUAUCCAUUCUUGCAGCAGACUACCCAGUUGACAAGCAUGCUUGCUAUCUUUCGGAUGAUGGUGGAUCGAUCAUCCAUUAUGAUGGUUUACUUGAGACUGCAAAGUUUGCUGCGUUAUGGGUUCCCUUUUGCCGAAAACAUUCCAUUGAGCCUAGGGCCCCUGAGAGCUAUUUUGCAGUGAAGUCACGUCCAUACGCUGGAAGUGCACCAGAGGAUUUUCUCAGUGACCACAGAUACAUGCGUAGGGAGUAUGAUGAGUUCAAGGUACGCUUAGAUGCGCUUUUUACUGUCAUUCCCAAACGGUCAGAUGCAUACAACCAGGCACAUGCCGAAGAAGGUGUGAAGGCAACCUGGAUGGCAGAUGGGACAGAGUGGCCUGGUACAUGGAUUGAUCCAUCUGAGAACCAUAAGAAAGGAAAUCACGCUGGAAUUGUUCAGGUUAUGUUGAACCAUCCGAGCAAUCAACCUCAACUUGGUCUACCAGCAAGCACUGACAGCCCUGUGGACUUCAGCAAUGUUGAUGUGCGCCUUCCUAUGCUUGUAUACAUAGCCCGCGAGAAGCGCCCAGGCUAUGACCACCAAAAGAAGGCAGGUGCCAUGAACGUGCAGCUGCGAGUAUCUGCCCUCCUCACCAAUGCACCAUUCAUCAUCAACUUUGAUGGUGACCACUAUGUCAACAACUCGAAGGCCUUCCGUGCUGGUAUAUGUUUCAUGCUCGAUCGACGUGAAGGUGACAACACUGCCUUUGUCCAAUUCCCCCAACGUUUUGAUGACGUUGACCCAACUGAUAGGUAUUGCAAUCACAACCGAGUCUUCUUUGAUGCUACUUUGCUCGGCCUCAAUGGUAUCCAGGGCCCCUCUUAUGUUGGCACCGGUUGCAUGUUCCGCCGAGUCGCACUGUAUGGUGUUGACCCACCUCGUUGGAGACCCGAUGAUGGCAAUAUUGUGGAUAGCUCCAAAAAGUUCGGCAACUUGGACUCCUUCAUCAGCUCAAUACCUAUAGCAGCAAACCAAGAACGCUCAAUCAUAUCACCACCUGCCCUUGAAGAGUCUAUCCUGCAGGAGUUGAGUGAUGCCAUGGCAUGUGCAUAUGAGGAUGGGACUGACUGGGGCAAGGAUGUUGGUUGGGUUUACAAUAUUGCAACCGAGGAUGUGGUGACUGGUUUCCGAUUGCAUCGGACAGGGUGGCGCUCAAUGUACUGCCGCAUGGAGCCUGAUGCAUUCCGCGGCACUGCACCAAUCAACCUCACUGAGCGCCUCUACCAGAUUCUGCGCUGGUCAGGUGGCUCCCUUGAGAUGUUCUUCUCACAUAACUGCCCACUCCUUGCUGGCCGCCGACUCAACUUUAUGCAACGAAUUGCUUACAUUAACAUGACAGGCUACCCAGUUACAUCAGUCUUCCUUUUGUUCUAUCUCCUCUUCCCUGUCAUAUGGAUCUUUCGCGGCAUAUUCUACAUACAGAAGCCAUUUCCUACAUAUGUAUUGUACCUUGUGAUCGUCAUAUUUAUGUCAGAAAUGAUCGGUAUGGUUGAGAUCAAGUGGGCGGGGCUAACACUACUGGACUGGAUCCGCAAUGAACAGUUCUACAUUAUUGGAGCAACAGCUGUUUACCCGCUUGCAGUCCUGCACAUAGUGCUGAAGUGUUUUGGUUUGAAGGGUGUCUCAUUCAAGCUGACAGCAAAACAAGUAGCAAGCAGCACCAGCGAGAAGUUUGCAGAACUGUAUGAUGUUCAAUGGGCACCAUUGUUGUUCCCGACGAUAGUGGUGAUAGCAGUGAAUAUCUGUGCCAUUGGCGCGGCAAUAGGCAAGGCUCUCUUUGGAGGAUGGUCACUGAUGCAGAUGGGAGAUGCGUCGCUCGGGCUGGUAUUCAACGUGUGGAUCCUGCUGCUGAUAUAUCCAUUUGCACUGGGUAUCAUGGGAAGAUGGAGCAAGAGACCCUAUAUCCUGUUCGUCUUGAUUGUGAUUUCAUUUGUUAUAAUCGCAUUGGCCGAUAUUGCCAUCCAGGCAAUGCGUUCUGGAUCCGUUCGGCUCCACUUUAGACGGUCAGGUGGAGCCAACUUCCCUACAAGCUGGGGGUUUUAGGAUUAAUUUGUAUCUCCAAUGUUAGCUGGUAUUUGUUUUUCCCUUGUUGAGUUUUUUUUUUUUUUGUUGAUUCUCAGGUUUUACUUUACAUGCUGUGCAUAGCAUAGUACAUGUACAGAACUACAGAUUCGUUCAAUAAAUGAAAGAUUAGCCAUUUGUCUAAUAAAAUAA